AUGUACAACCACAACGGUGGCAAUGAUUCGCCUAUGCAGCCAAACAUAAGCACCGUGUCACCGGAAAGACCGCCGCAGUUGAAGGCGAGGAACUGCAACUAUGACUGCGGAUACGGCUGCACGAAGGAGAGCGACGACGAGGGUGGCGGGGCCGAGAGCGAUGGAAACACGCUCGUCGGCGAGGAGGAAGAGGAGGAGAGUGGUGGAGAGUCUGGAGAUCUCAGCGGAUCCGAGGAAUCGAUGCCGGACUCUGGCGCGUCCGUUUCGGACGGUACGGGCAGCGAGUUUUCGUCUUCGAGUAUGGUGGUUGAGUUGGCUUCGUCGGGGGACUGCAGCCGUGCAAGCUCUCCUGCUCGCAGCUUAACCCCCGGCCCAGGAAAUAGCACACUUUUGGUAGGCCUUAUGCGGGUCCCGAUAAGGUACUACUUUCUACAAACACCCCUGCGCCUCAGUGUGCAGAUUGAGCAUUGUCGAGGGGAUCCGGGAUCGCCUCUCGUUCCGGAGCGUGUUCGGUUGUCAUCUUGA